AACUGUCGAACAGUUGAAACUGUUGGAAUACGUUUUAGUUCAUUUGUAAUAUAGAAAUAUUAUAGUUAAUUAAAUACAUGUAUUGUAAAUGUAAUGUUAUUACAUAAAGUAAGGUUUAUAGGCUAAGGUAAAAGGUUAGAACCACUAUGAGUCACCAAUGGCAUUUCAUUUGUAUGUUUAUAGCUCUUUACGGUGUGUUCACGUACAAAGGCUCUUGAAUAAAGAAACGUGAACCAUCAGUUUGAGAGACCAUCCUUUCAACCGCGACGCUACAAUCCUAUAAAGAAAAUACCAUCGGGAAGUUGUCGUUCCUGAAAGCAGCGCACAGCUUUCUGAGAACCGCCGCCCCGUGUUGUGUUGGAGGGGUGGUUUAAUCAGCAACUGUGCUCUCCCACCUUCCUCAAAGCAGCGGGGCAUUUUAUAAGUAGACUAAACCGAGUCUAUGUGUCAGAACCCCCCGGCGACCCACUGAGUGAAGCUCACACCGAAGCUACAUGACCGACCUUUUCUGUCAGGAUACAGAGAGACGACAUGGCUACUGAGAGCAUAAGAAUGAACGGAGAUGCUGACCGAAGCGACGACGCGGGGGUCCCUCAUCGGGAAAACGGCAUCAUGCGGCGGCGCAGACCCCUGAACAUGAACCAUUACGCCAACAAGAAGAGCGCAGCAGAGAGCAUGCUGGAUGUGGCUCUGCUGAUGGCUAACGCCUCGCAGCUGAAGGCCGUUCUCGAGCACGGACCAGGCUUCACCUUCUAUGUUCCCCUCAUCACUCUCCUCAGCAUCUCUCUCAUCUUACAGGUAGUGGUGGGAGUUAUGCUCAUCUUUAUAGUUAAGUGGAAUCUGAACGAUGAAAGAAUGCAUGACAAGCUGGACAUCUUGGAAAGCUGUGUCAUGGCCUUCAUCUUUGUCAUAGUGGUGGUCAAUGUCUUCAUCACAGCCUUCGGCGUCCAGCAGCCCCACUCGCGAGAUUCGCCGCCUUCUUGACGUGCUCCUUGCUCAUCCAGACAUUAUGAGUUUUUAUUAUUAUUCACAAGUUAAAUGGCCAUUUUGCAUAAUUGGCUGCUAUUGUCUGACUGUGUGUGUUUUGGUUAGUUCUUAUUUUCUCAUCAGUUACUGGUGCAAAAUAAUGAAAAACACCAAGAGCAAAAGUCUGUAAGACACAAUCAUUGUGACCAUUUCCUGUCAUGUUAAAAUAUUUUUCAUAUCUGUUGUUGUAUGUAUGCAUGCCUGCUGCUUGUUAUUGACGGACUGUAUAACCUCAGCAAAGUUAAAGUAAAAUUAUUCAAUGCAGAACCACAGCUUUACUGAAGGAGAGGUGUGUUGUUUACAGUUUGAAGUUUUUAAUAAUGAUGUGGUCUGUGCGUGCUUUUUGAAGUGCUAUGCAAAAUGCAAUAAUUUUGACUGUCUUCCAUACAUUAGGUCAGUGCUUCCCAAACUUUUCAGUGUCUAACCCACCAAACAGUGGAAGAGGCCUGUGAGCCCGACCACUGGUUGAGCGUACAAUGUACUGCCUUUUAUUUGUUUUUAAGUACUGUUUUUAUCUCUUUUAACGGGUAUUGCAGACAUACAGUUAUGUAUUUGUUAUUUCGUUUUUGAAGAGAAUCUCAAGAUCCUAUGCUUACUGAUUGGGUCCCUGUGCAAAAAAAUAAUAAUUUUAGUUUAUUUACUUCAUUGUGCGGUUGCUUUGAUUAAAUGUUUUAUUUACUUUUUUUAAACAAACAAAAAAUAUUUUACAGCUUUAAAUACUUCUAUGCACUGUGACUGCUCAUGUACUAUAUUUUUUAAAUAAAACUAGAAAAGUUUUA